UUUUUGACUGAGUGAUUUGGAGGGGAGUGCUUGAUUAAACAGUGCUUCUCCUCGUUUUCUAAAGGGCUUCUUCAAAUUUGUCUCCUCGCAGAGGCUGCUGCUAAUUCUCUUGCUCUUCAGUGUUUUUCUCUACUCACUAGCCUUAUUUCCUCCUCCUCCCAACUAUUUUGUCUCUUUAUAUUGAGACCUCAUGCAUAAACUAUUUUACAACCUGAAGUUUCACUGCAGCUGGGGCUGCAAUGUAUGCCAUGAACAAUUGUGUACUUUAUUUGGCUACUUUAUUCUGAACUCUUCAUACUGCAGUGAGAGCUUGUUAACCAAGCUUCAGUGCCUUGAAAUACAACAUGACCAAAUACUCCCUCUCCCCGCAAUAAAAUAACCUUCUUUGCUGCAUUAUCUGCACUCCAUUAAGGAUCUGAUCAGAUGUUCAUGUUGUCUGACGGGUGCACUUAAAAGUGGAAAGGGGCUCCCAUGAGACCACUCAGGUGUAUCUCCCUCCAGACCCUGAUGGGGUGGAAGAUGAACUCUGGGCUGAUGGAGGAGCGCUAGUUCCCUGCUUGUUCUCUGAUUGAUUCCUGGGCUCUGGGUGGGUGAAGAGCUGUGAGGCAGCUCAAGCCGAGAUUGAUUGCCUCAGUUUUAAAUUCCCACCUCCAAAAUAGACUCUCAGAUGUACACAUGAGGAACCCCUCCCCCAACACAAUUUCUGGAGGUGGAGCAGGUGUCUCAGAGUCACCUGUAGCUACCAAUCACAAGUGUGCCUUCUUACUACAGUGAUGCUGGCUACACAGGUCUUCUGCUGGGACACUUGAAGCUCAGAGAAAUGAGAUAUUUUGUAUCUGCCUGGGUCGGUCUUUGUGUGUGUGGGCAGGGGGUUGGAAAUUAGGACCGUUGGGGUCAGCAAAGAAAGGGAUGGGAACUCCCACCUGAGGUAGGUCUGGAAGGCUGUGUAACUGCUGUGAGGACUCACUAGGUUUGUUUUGCAAAUUGUGGCUAUUUGGAUGGAGGUGAGAUGGUGAAUGUCUCAUUGUUAUAAGCUCCGCCAAAAGAGAGCUCUUGAUCCCCGUUUGACCUUGACAGAACCUCCAAAAUGUUGGCGGUCUAGCCCUGGAGCAGGGAAAUACAGUUUGCUAGUCUGGAUUCCUCCCGUUCUCUCCGGGUAGAGGCAGAUUGGGGAAUGCAGGCCACCCUCCCCCAGCGCUGGCUCUCACCCUCAGCCAGCCUUGGGGUACCUCGCCCUCCUUGCCAUCCCCAUUCUGGAGCCGGAGCCCCCGCCCCCUCCUUGCCUUUCCGUUUCUUCCCUCCAGCUUGUGUCUCUUUCUGUCUCUCCCACUUUUCCUCCCUCUCCCGCUCCGUCUCACACGCACCCUCUGUUUAUUUUCCUGCCUCCAUCUGGGCCCUGCUGAUAUUGUAAUCACCCUGAUGCACGUUGGCUUCUCUCCUCUCCCUCCUGCGCUCACACACUCACUCACACACAAUGUGCCAUCCUGACAAGCCUUUUACUUCUGAUAAGCUCCGAUGUGUGUUUAAUGAAUACAAAGCCGCGGUCUGGGUGCCGCCUCGGCUGCGGCCGCUCUCCUGCGCUCCUUUGCCAGAAGAUCGGACUGAGAAGCACUCCACGAUGCCAGACUCACCUGUGGAUGUGAAGACCCCGUCUAGGCUGACUCCUCCCACGAUGCCACCUCCCCCAACAACUCAAGGAGCUCCCAGAACCAGUUCAUUUACACCAACAACGUUAACUAAUGGCACGAGCCAUUCACCCACAGCCUUGAAUGGCGCCCCCUCACCGCCCAAUGGCUUUAGCAAUGGGCCUUCCUCUUCUUCCUCUUCUUCUCUGGCUAAUCAACAGCUGCCCCCAGCCUGUGGCGCCAGGCAGCUCAGUAAGCUGAAACGGUUCCUCACUACCUUGCAGCAGUUUGGCAAUGACAUUUCACCGGAAAUAGGAGAGAGAGUCCGCACCCUCGUACUAGGACUGGUGAACUCUACUUUGACAAUUGAAGAAUUUCAUUCCAAACUGCAAGAAGCUACGAACUUCCCACUGCGACCUUUUGUCAUCCCAUUUUUGAAGGCCAACUUGCCUCUUCUGCAGCGUGAGCUCCUCCACUGCGCAAGGCUGGCCAAACAGAACCCUGCCCAGUACCUCGCCCAGCAUGAACAGCUGCUUCUGGAUGCCAGCACCACCUCACCUGUUGACUCCUCAGAGCUGCUUCUCGAUGUGAACGAAAACGGGAAGAGGCGAACUCCAGACAGAACCAAAGAAAAUGGCUUUGACAGAGAGCCUUUGCACUCAGAACAUCCAAGCAAGCGACCAUGCACUAUUAGCCCAGGCCAGCGGUACAGUCCAAAUAAUGGCUUAUCCUACCAGCCCAAUGGCCUGCCUCACCCCACCCCUCCUCCACCUCAGCAUUACCGUUUGGAUGAUAUGGCCAUUGCCCACCACUACAGGGACUCCUAUCGACACCCCAGCCACAGGGACCUCAGGGACAGAAACAGACCUAUGGGGUUGCAUGGCACACGUCAAGAAGAAAUGAUUGAUCACAGACUGACAGACAGAGAAUGGGCAGAGGAAUGGAAACAUCUUGACCAUCUGUUAAACUGCAUAAUGGACAUGGUAGAAAAAACAAGGCGAUCUCUCACUGUACUAAGGCGAUGUCAGGAAGCGGACCGGGAGGAAUUGAAUUACUGGAUCCGGCGGUACAGCGAUGCUGAGGACUUAAAAAAGGGCGGCAGCGGUAGCAGCAGCCACUCCAGGCAGCAGAGUCCUGUCAACCCAGACCCAGUGGCGUUAGAUGCACAUCGGGAAUUCCUUCACAGGCCUGCUUCUGGAUAUGUGCCAGAGGAGAUCUGGAAGAAAGCUGAGGAGGCGGUCAACGAGGUGAAGCGGCAGGCGAUGACCGAGCUGCAGAAGGCCGUGUCCGAGGCCGAGCGGAAGGCGCACGAUAUGAUCACCUCGGAGCGCGCCAAGAUGGAGCGCACGGUGGCAGAGGCCAAGCGGCAGGCGGCGGAGGAUGCUCUCGCUGUCAUCAACCAGCAGGAAGAUUCGAGCGAGAGUUGCUGGAAUUGUGGCCGUAAAGCGAGUGAAACCUGCAGCGGCUGUAACACAGCCCGAUACUGUGGCUCGUUUUGCCAGCACAAAGACUGGGAGAAGCACCACCACAUCUGUGGACAGACCCUGCAAGCCCAGCAGCAGGGGGAUACGCCUGCUGUCAGCUCCUCCGUCACGCCUAACAGUGGGGCCGGGAGCCCGAUGGACACACCACCAGCAGCCACCCCGAGGUCGACCACCCCGGGGACCCCUUCCACCAUAGAGACAACCCCUCGCUAGAUGUGCACUCAGAACUGUCAGAGGAAAGACAACACAACCAACGUGAAACCAAUUCCUCAUCCUCAGAUGCUCAAAGUUGUUUUUUGUUUGUUUGUUUGUUUAUAGAUGGACUAUCCUGGUUCAGUACUUCAGCAAGAGAGAACCUAACUGUAUCUUGAGGCGUUAGUAAAACAGAGGGCCAGUAACGGGUCGUAAUGACUUACUGUGGAUAACAGAGAUUUCUUUUCCUUAGAGAACUGAAAAGAGAGCAGAAAAUAUAACAUGAAAUGAUAGAUUUGACCUCCUCCUUGUUAUUUUCCAGUAGCUGGGAUUUUAAACUAGAUGACCUCAUUAACCGAUGCUUUACCAAACAGCAAACCAAGAGAUUGCUAAUUGCUGUUGAAAGCAAAAAUGCUAACAUUAAAAGUCACAAUGUUCUUUAUAUACAAUAAUGGAAAAAAAGAGGAAAACCCUCAAGGGCAUGAGCAUUGGCUACAGCAGUAGACAUUUUAACAAGAAGAUGAAUGGCGUCCGUGGGUUGCUAACUGAACUUUGAAGACCCGCCACAAAACGCACAGAUGUGUAGCAUAUUGGAAGGAGACACAGAUGUUCGGUUUUUUUCCUGUUUCUGAAAAGAAAUAAUAUCCAGGUCAACAGAAGGAAAAAUGAAAGAUGAUUUGCAGUGGGAUAUGUGAAUACAGCAGCAAGAAAAAAAUGCCAUAACAUAAAAGGCUCCUUUAUAUAUAUAUACACACACACAAAGUAAGAGACUCAGCCUGCAGUUGUUAGCAUCCUGGCAGCUUUGACACCAGCCAGCUGCCCUAAACAGCCCUCAACGUUUCUUCACUUUUGCAAGGUUCCACAGAGCAAGACAUUGGGUCUAUUCCAGCUCAUUCAUUUUAUAUUGAAAAAUAAUUUUUAAAAAUGAUGGCUCCAGCUCCAGCCCCUUUCUAAAUUUUUUCAACCCCACCCUGUUUGGAUUUUUAAUUAAAUCUAGUAGUUCUCUUGGUGUUAAAACACUUCUGUCCUGUGAGGUUUCCCAAUGGUGUUUUUCUUGUAAACGUGCUGGACGACUGUGAAGACGCGUUGUAGUUUAACCACGUGCCCACAUUUAGUCUCUUUAUUCCUAGUUGGUGAGAAACCUGUAUCUUUCUAUGCUGCUUUUAUAUCUGUAUGUAUUAGUGGUAUUUCUCUAGUAGUUCAAAAAAAAAAAAGAAAAAAGGAAAAAAAAAGACUUUUUUUGGUUGUCCUCAAGAAAAGAAAGAAAAAGGCUAUCUUUCGGAGCUGCUAUUUCAUUCUCUUAUAGAAUUUUUUUUUUUUCCUGAAAACCAGCAUGCUUCACGGAAUGCUAACAUAUUGGUGUUUUUGUAAGAGGGAUGUACAUAAAUGUGUUUUGCACUGUCACAAUGACUCCCUAGGCAUGCUUUUUUUUUUUUUUUUUUGAGCAAACUCUUUUUAAAUAUGCUAGAGCCAUUUCACCAAGUUUAGCUGUAGCAUGGAGUAGUAGUGGAAUUUUUCUUUUUUCUUUUUUUCAUUGAAAAAUCAUUAUUAGGGACUUUAAAAAAUAACAAGAUAUCCUACUUUAAAAAAAAAAGACAGUGCAUGCGUAUUGCUGUAAGGUUGUUUAAGUAUUUCUAAUUUUACAAAAAAAAAAAAAAAAAAGAUAAAUCAUUAGAGCUCCAAAUGCUGAAGUGUAGAC